AUGGCAAGUGGCGGGAAAUCAAGCACGGCUGUUACCAAAGACUAUGGCAAGAGGACAGUCAUUGUCACCGGGUCUGCGCGGGGAAUCGGGAAGGCAGUUGCUCUUCGCAUGGCAGAAGAUGGAUAUGAUACAGUCAAAGAAAUUCAAGCCCUCGGCCGACAAUCAUACGGCCAUGCCGCAGAUGUUUCCAAGCGCUGCGAAGUGGAAGAGCUGGUCGAAGCCUCUGUGAAGAACCUCGGCAACUUGGACGUCAUGAUUGCAAACGCCGGCAUCGCACAAGUCAAGCCGCUUCUUGAUCUAACAGAAGACGAUGUCAGACGGGUAUUUGAGGUCAAUGUUUUUGGGCUCUUCAACUCCUACAGUGUAGCUGCUAAGCAAAUGAUCAAGCAAGGAACUCCAGGAAAGAUUAUUGGCUGUGCUAGUAUUGUGGCAUAUAGACCAUUCGCACUGCUUUCCCACUACUCGGCAUCGAAAUGGGCUGUUCGGGGCUUCACACAAGCAUUUGCAAUGGAGAUGGCAGAGUAUAGGAUCACGGUUAAUGCAUACGCGCCGGGCAUAGUAGGAACGGACAUGUGGGACCUGAUCGAUCAGGAACUUGGGAAGAAGACGGGUGCUCAAAAGGGAGAUACGUUUAAGAAGAUGACGGAGGAAUUGACUGCUCUGAAGAGACCCAGCACCACAGAAGAUGUGUCCAAGUGUGUCAGCUAUUUGGCGUCGCCGGAUUCGGAUUUUAUGACAGGCCAGACGUUGAUUAUAGAUGGUGGGAUUCAGUUUUCCUGA